ACGACUAGCACACGCAUGCUGUUUCUCAUGACACUGUGUUCCUCGAUAAGCGCGCGCUGGUCUACGCUGUCACUGUCAGAUUUACUUCGCUGGCAAUAUUCAGCAAACGCUGCAAAGGUUUUGUGACUAUCCCUUUGCUAUCAAGUUAUUCAAGCUACUCGACAUGUCAGGCGUUAAGCGAGAGUCCUGCUUGCGAAGCUAGGCCGGGGCUAUCAAGCUGGAGCAAGCUCCAGCGGGCGAACCGGAGCUAUUUCUCCUAGCUGGAUUCGCUUGUGCUCAUCGCAAUGGCAAGCUCUGAGGCGACAGGGCCACGGCUUCAUGCCGAUGCCGAAGCGGCCCAGCCGCACGGGCCUGAGCCGAUGGACCUCAGCGUGGAGCCAAUGGACGUCGACCAUGUUACAGGGCCCGGUGCGGAGGUAGGGGUCCAGACCGAGCGGCACGACUCUCCCAGAACGUCUCUGCCCGCCGAAGCGUCGCGACUUGUUUCGGGGCUCGCCUUUGACGCGGCGGGCUGCCAGCGCCAGAGUUGCAUGUCCCACAUGCAGCCCGAAGCCGGCGGCGCGCAGCACAUCCCACCAGGGACAGCCACGGCGUUUGGCGCCGCGCCCACUGCCGCGGAGACGGCGUCCGCUUGGCAGCUCCGCAACUGGGCGGCACCCGCUGCAGGCGCAGGCACGGGUCGGAGCGCUACACCGGCAGACCCAACACUCCCAGCACCAGGAGGCAGCAACAAUGCGGACGGGCUUGGCGGCCAUGGCGAUGCCGGCGCGGCCUCUGUAGGUGGCCUGGCGCCGGCGCCGCACGGUGCGCAGCUGCACCUGUCCCUGCCCGGCGCCGCGGGCCUGGCCGUGCCUAAACCUUGCGGCACGGCAGCCGGUAUGCAGGCGCCUGCCGCCGUGCACCCGGUGCCGGCCGCUGCGCAUGCGCCGGCCGGCACUGCUUGCACACCUGCUGGCGCCGCGCCUGCUGCGGCCGGGGCCCCAGCUGGUGCCAUCACCGCGCCCGGCGCUACCGCAGGGGAAGCCGAUGCGGUCGCAGGCGCCAGCGCUGAUAGCCACGUCGGAGUGGGUGGCGCCGGCGCCGACGCUGACGCGGCCAGCGAUGACAGCGACAGCAUCUUCGCGGCUGGGCCGGCGGCGCAGCCGUGGGCGGGCGCAGCCGGCUUCGCUGACUUUUACGAUGCUGGUAACGGCGGCGGCUGGUUUGAUCGUGAUGCAGAUGAGGAAGCCCGCGCCGGCGUUGGUGACGGUGGCGAAGUGGAGUUGCAGGCGGGUAGCAGCGGCGGCGAGGAAGAGGAUAUGGAAGGGGAGGAGGAGGAGGGUGAAGACGCCCGCACACGUGCCGCCAGCUACCGGCACCAGCGCCGCCCUGAGCUGCACAUGCGCCGCCGCAUUGGCGGCUACCUCGCCGGGGCGGUGGCUGGCGGCGCAUCGGCAUCCGCGUCAACAACGGGAUACGCAGCCCAGGAGCCCGCGGCAGCGGCAGGCGCUGCGGACCCCAGCACCAGUAGCGGCGCGGGCCCGAGCUCCUCGCAAGCAGGCCACUUGGCGCACCGGGACCGCAGCCGCGCCCCAGCCAGCGCCUGGCGAGGACCUGGCUCUGCAGGUGCGGCGGCAGCAGCAGCAGCAGCAGCAGCAGCAGCUCAUCCCCACCCUCGCGUGCAGCUGGCGGCAGGCCCAGGCAGGGCGGGUGCUGCCGCUGCCGCGGGUGUGGACAUGGGCGUGGAUAUGGCCGGGGCGGCGGCCGGGGCGGUGCUGCGGCGGCCGCCGCCGCCUGCUUCUCGACCUGAGUUGGUUUCUGCCGACCACUGGAGUGAGGACGAGGACGAGGAGCCCGACACCACCGCGGAGCAGUUCUACGCGGCCGCGAAUCCCAAGGACAUCCAGGGCAUUCCUUGGGAGCGGCUGCAGUUCAACCGCUCCACAUACCGUGACACGCGGCUGCGCCAGUACCGCAACUACACCAACCUGUUGCCCGAUGACGACGACGGGGCGUACCGGGCCGAGCUGGCACCGCUGUGCGUGGCGCCGCGCCGCGCCGGCACCGCCGGCACGCCCUCGCCCGCCGCGGCGGCCGCGGCGGCCGCGCGCGGCGGCAGCCCCGCCGCCGCCGCGCCGGCCUGCGCUGCGCGCGGGCCGCCCUUCUUUUCCUUUGUGCGCAACAGCCGCGCGGUGCAGUCCAACAUCGUCCACUUCCAGCUUCGUAACCUGGUGUGGGCUAGCUCGCCCAACGACGUUUUCGUGGUGCAUGACAACUGCGUCAACCACUGGAACCCGGUGUCGCGCACCGUGACGGAGGUGCUCAACCUCAACGGCGGCGGCCACGGCGGCGGCUUGCACGGCGGCGGCGGCGCCGGCGUGGUGCGCGGCGCCGCGUCGACGCGGGUUCCGGGCCUGGGGCGGGUGCAGGUGUCCACCCUGUGCGUGUCGGGUGACCUGGUGGCUGCGGGUGGCUUCAUGGGAGAGCUGGUGGUGAAGCGGCUCAGUGGCCGCGCCGCAGCGACGGCAGCGCGGGCGGCGGCGGCGGCGGCCGAGGCCGGCGCGGCGGCAGCCAGCGGCCGCGCGCCGGUGUUUCCGUCGCUACGGCACUCGCCGCAGCGGUUCUCGGCGGGCGCGGGGGCGGGGUCGGGGGCGGGCGGCAUCAGUGGCUCCGGGCGGGCGGGGCCUGGGGCUGGGCAGGGAGGUGCUGCGGCGGCGGCGGCAGGUGCAGGAGGAGGAGGAGGCGGAGGAGGAGGCGGAGGCGCGGUUGGCUCGGCGGUGCGGCCGGGCUUUGCAGCGGUCGCAGGCGGCGCCAAGCCGGGUGGGGCGGGCGGUGGCGCGUCCCAGCAGCCGGCGGCGUCCCAGAUGUUGUACGCGGGCCGCGUCACGACGAGCGACAACGGCAUUACCAAUGGCCUGGAGAUCUACAAUGACCGCUCCGCCGGCACAGUGGUAAUGGCAGCAAACAACGACGCGCAGCUGCGGCUGUUCGCGGCGGCGGCCGGCGAGGGCGCGCUGCGCCCGCUGGCGCGCUGGCCUUUCGAGUGGGCGGUCAACUACGCCACCGUGCGGCCAGGCGGAGACGGCAACCUGGCGGCGGUGGUGGGGGAUGACCCCGCCACGCUCAUCACAGAUGUGCACAACGGCGUGACUGUGGCCCGGCUUGAGGGCCACCGCGACUUCUCCUUCGCCGCCGCCUGGCACCCGGGCGGCACGCUGCUGGCCACCGGCAACCAGGACACCACCAGCCUGCUGUGGGACAUCCGCAACACCGCCACACCGCUCACACGGCUGGCGGGGCGCAUGGGCGCCAUCCGCUCGCUGCGCUUCAGCCCCGACGGCCGCUUCCUGGCUAUGGCGGAGCCGGCGGACUUCGUGCACGUGUACGACGUGGUGGCGGGGUUCAUGGACUGCCAGGAGCACGACUUCUUUGGCGAGAUAGCUGGAGUGGCGUUCAGCCCGGACUCCUCCUGCCUGUUCGUGGGCGUGUCCGACCUCACCUACGCCUCCCUCAUGCAGCUGCAGCGCCAGACCUGCGAGUGGUAGCGACCGGGCGGCCCGCGGCCUGUGGCCUCCACGGUGGUGAGGAGGAGGUGUGGCGAUGGCUGAGGCGGUGAUGGCCGCAGCAGGGUCAGCUGCGGCGAGCACAUGGAUGCUGGGUGCCGGGCUGGUUGCGGGGCUGCUGGAAUUGGCCAAAGCAGUUGGUGAUGUGUGUUGGUGGCUGUGCCGCAGAGCGGUGGGGCGAGGUCAUUGCAGGGGCUGUCGGCAAGUGUGGCAGCUCCGAUGGAAGACAAGUGCUACACCCGGGCAUACAGAAACGAAGAGCUGGGCAGGCCGAACACACACACAGGGGUUGUAGCGCACGGUUGUGGCGGCUCUGAAGAGGCGGUGUGUGCGGUCUUCGGGUUAUGUGUUUGUCUGCAUUGUCGUCGCUUGAGUGUUUGUUAAUCUCUGGCUUGAGUGUAUGUAGACCUGACGCAUCUGGUUGUACUUGUUCUUGUACUGGGCAAAAACGCGAAGCUGCGCAGUACACAGCACAGCAAGGGCCUGCUAAGCGGCUUGUUUGCGGUGUGUGGGUGUAAUCGAUACUGACUUUUAUCGUGUACACUACAAAGCUGUCCGGCUAUUUCAGCUAAAAUUUUACAGGUGCGGUAUCCGGGCAUGUUGACAGGGUCGGAACAAAGCUCUGCAGUGAGCGCUGUAGAUGGGGAUGUCGUCCAGGUAGUGAUGGUACUUGCGAGGUACAUUUAGCAUGCACGAAUUGGACUGCAUUGAUUGCGGCCUCGCUUAUCGUGCUUAGGACGGCCUGACACAGUUCACGAGUUAGUCGGGCAAGUUGUCUGCCAGGGUCUGCCUCGAGAUCGGGCA